UCACCAGGACACACACAGGUCCCUGAACGCACAACGCACUCUUUUAUACCUUUACUUAGUCCUGGUUGAGUUCUGGUUGAGUUCUGGUUGGGUCCUGGUUCAGUCCUCACUCACUCUGCAGACAGCGCACUGUUCACGAUGCUCCUCCGGCUGCUCCUGCCGCUGCUCUGCACCUGUCUGUGCUCCUGUCCUGUCUCGGGGGGUAAGGUGCUGGUGUUUCCUCUGGACGGAUCUCACUGGGUGAACAUGAAGGUUCUUCUGGAGGAGCUUCACACUCGGGGUCAUGAGGUCACGGUGCUCCGGCCCCUGGACACCUGGUACAUAAAGGCACAGGCUCCGUUCUAUCGCUCCAUCACCAUAAACGCCUCCACCGGCUUCAGUGAAGAACUGAUCGGCUCCUUCACCACCAAAAUGGUGCAACUGCGGCGCGAGGGCGCCUCCGUGUGGACACGCAUGGCGCUGCAGAUGAAGAUCAUACAGUUGCUUUCUGAGAUUCACUAUCAGAUCAAAGCGAUGAUGGAGAAGGUGUUUGAGAACCAGACGUUGAUGCAGGAGCUGAGGGACACUCACUAUGACCUGAUGCUGACAGACCCGGCCGUCGGGGGAGGUGUGCUGCUGGCGCACAAGCUGAAGCUGCCGCUGGUGUUUAAUGUGCGCUGGCUCUUGCAGAGGGAGGGGCAUGACGCCAUCGCGCCCACACCGCUGUCCUACGUGCUCCUCCCCAUUGGAGUCACCGACCGCAUGAACUUCCUCCAGCGCCUCCAGAACAUGCUGAUCUUCUUCUUCAUGCACUUACAGAUCUGGUACGUGAUCGACCCAAACUACAAGCCCUUCGUGCACAAACACUUCGGGCCUGAGGUCCACUACAUGGAGCUGUUCCAGUCGGCCGACAUCUGGCUCAUGAGGAACGACUUCACCUUCGAGUUCCCUCGGCCGACCAUGCCCAACGUGGUCUACAUGUCGGGGUUCCAGUGCAAAGAGCCCAAAGCCCUGUCCCCGGAGCUGGAGGCGUUUGUGCAGAGCGCCGGAGAACAUGGUGUCAUCAUCAUGACGUUGGGGACGCUCGUGGCCGAGCUGCCCCAUGACAUCAGCGAGGAGGUGGCGGCAGCGUUCGCUCAGCUGCCUCAGAAGAUCAUCUGGAGACACAAAGGCAGGAGACCCUCCACUGUGGGGAACAACACUCUGCUGGUGGACUGGCUCCCGCAGACAGACCUCCUCGCCCAUCCGCAGACCCGGCUCUUCGUGGCCCACGGGGGAACCAACGGUCUCCAGGAGGCCAUCCACCACGGCGUGCCUCUGGUGGGGCUGCCGCUCAUGUUCGACCAGCAUGACAACUUCUUCAGGAUGCAGGUGCGAGGAGUGGCCAAAGUGUUAGAUAUUUCCACAGUGAACAGAGAGGUGUUCCUGGAGGCUCUGAAGGAGGUUCUGCACGAGCCCAAAUACAGAGAGAACAUGAAGCGUCUGUCGGCUCUGCACCGAGACCAGCCGCUCAAACCUCUGGACAGAGCCAUGUUCUGGAUCGAGUUUGUGAUGAGACACGGAGGAGCCAAACAUCUGGUCUCAGAGUCCUACAAACUCUCCAAGCUCCAGUACUACUGCCUGGACGUAGCCGCGUUCCUGCUGGCGUUAGUCGCUCUGAGUCUGUACGUCUGCACAAAGACACUCAGAGUCCUGUGGGGGGCGCUGUUCUCCACCAGCAAAUCCAAAACAAACUGAACCCAAAGGAGAUGUUUGAGCAGAAUGUGCAGAAAGACGACCAGAGCUGAUUAAACUACACAGAAGUACAGUAAAGGUCCGACAUCACACACACACUGACUCCUGUGAGCUUAAGUCGUGUUCUAAUGUUCUAAUGUUCUAAUGUUCUCAUGUUCUCAUAUAUUCUUAUACAAUAGAACAUUUAGCAUCAGUGAAAUCAAGAUAGAAAUAAACACAACAACAACAAACUGAGAAGAAAAUGUAUUUAGUCUCACUUCCUCUCUUCUUAUCGAACACAAAGAGUUUUUCUUUUCCAUUUUUCAGACAUUUUGCUUUAAACUAUUUGAACUAUUUACAAGUGCAGAUCAUGAGUCUGUUGCUCAGUAGAAUAACAUUCAUCACACUGCAGGAACUUUUUUUUUUUUGAUCGUACAAAAUAAACAGUAAUGAGAAUGAAAAAUGUAUUUUUUUUUACUUUA